AUGUUUGUUGCUAGGACAUCGACGAGAAUACCGCUUUCGAAAGGGACGGUACUGCAGGUUUCGAGGGUUGUGUCGAGUUAUGGCGGAUAUGGAAAGAGUUCUCUAUCACAGCCUCGUGCGUUCUCAACGACGAGGAGGGCGGGUUUGAGAGAGUACUUUCCACAGCCUGAGACGGAGAUGAUUAGGAAGACGAAGCCGGCUUGGGAACAUCCUGAAUUCGCCUACGAAGACAUGAAAACCAAAAUCUUCUACGCCCACCGCAAGCCCGCCGAUUUCUCCGACCGCGUCGCCCUCUUCAUGGUCCGCAUGCUCCGCUGGGGCACGGAUAUCGCGACGGGAUAUAAACACGACGUGGAGUCCCCGAAGAAGAUCGGUGAUGCGAAUGUGAUGGCGGCGACGAAACCGUAUAGCAUGAGUGAGCGGAAAUGGUUGACGCGGUUUGUGUUUUUGGAGAGCGUGGCGGGGGUUCCUGGGAUGGUGGCGGCGAUGUUGAGACAUUUGAAUUCGAUGAGGAGGUUGAAGAGGGAUAAUGGCUGGAUUGAGACGUUGUUGGAGGAGAGUCAGAAUGAGAGGAUGCAUCUCCUAACCUUCCUCAAAAUGGCCGAACCAGGCUGGUUCAUGAAACUCAUGAUCCUCGGCGCCCAAGGCGUCUUCUUCAACAGCAUGUUCCUCUCCUACCUCGUCUCCCCACGCACCUGCCACCGCUUCGUCGGCUACCUCGAAGAAGAAGCCGUUCUCACCUACUCCCUCGCCAUCUCUGACCUCGAAAACGGCAAGCUCCCCCUCUGGACACACCCUAACUUCAAAGUCCCCGAUAUCGCGGUCGAUUAUUGGAAGAUUCCCGAGGAUAAACGCACGAUGCGGGAUUUGUUGUUGUAUGUGAGGGCGGACGAGGCGAAACAUAGAGAGGUCAAUCAUACCCUCGGGAAUCUGGAUCAGAAUGAGGAUCCGAAUCCGUUUGUGAGUGAGUAUAAGGAUCCGAGUGUGCCGCAUCCGGGGAAGGGGAUUGAACAUGUUAGACCUACUGGGUGGGAGAGGAAGGAGAUUAUCUGA